AUGGAAUCAAAUACAACUUCUACUUCAACAACAACAACUACUACUACUUCUAUCACAACGAAACAACAAGAAGACAACAAAAAAUUAAUUCAACUUGAUCAAUUUUCACUUUUAAAAUUGGCAUCUAUUUAUUUGGAUGAAAAUAAAUGGGAUCCAGUUGCAAGGAGACAAAAUAAACCGGCAUUGUACCGGUACAAUUUGUCAUUAGUGUCUAAACUAUUCAACAAAUCAUUUAAACCAAUUUCAAUCACCAAGAAUGUUUUCGAAAUGGAUUUGUCCAAAUGGAUCGAUAUUGUUCGAUGGCCAAAGGUGGAAUCACCAUUUAUCAUUGAUGGUUUGGUGUUUUCAGGUUUCACAGACUCUGAUCCAACCCAUCAAUUUAUCACUGCCAACCAAGACAAUGAAGACACUCUCUCGAUCAAACUCUACAUGUUUUUCUACAAGGAUAUUACACAAAUUGAUAUCCAUCUUGACUCUUGUGGCCCCUUUCUCAUUGAUCAUCUCAAAUACUUGGCAUCCCAAAAGACCAAUCCAGAGAACAACAAGGUAGCACCUGCCAAACCCCUCAAAAGAUUGUCCAUCAAACUGACCGACCCCAUCAACGAGACCGAUUCCAUCAACGAGAUCACUCUAUCGUCAAUGCAACAGUCUAUCCUGUCGAGUUUGGGUACGACCAUUUCCGAGUUGGAAACAUUCGAAUUUAUCUUUUUUGAAACGACACCGACUCUUUGCAACAAUCAACCCAUCAUUGACUUUCUCAAGAACAAAACAUCAACUUUUUUGACAUCAAUCAAAAUCAAUGUAUUUGAUAAUGAUGAUACACAAGAGGUCAAUUUCACAUUUACCAACCUGUUUGCAGCACUACCAAAUACCAUCCGAUCACUGGAAAUCACCCGAGUAUUUUGGGAAUUUGAUUUCAAGGCUAUUCUCAAAGACAUGCCUAUCAACCGGCUAUCAAUUCGCUCGUUUUUGGAUCAAACCAUGAUGGAUUCCCUCGCCAAAUAUAUCUCGUCCAACAAUCAUUGUAUCACCGAUCUUCACCAUACCAAGUUAUUUCUAACCAAUCCUGGUCACUUUGUAGCACUGCAAAGCAAGACCGUCAAGAAAUGGAAUCUAUCCAUCUCUUCACAUGUCGGUAGAGAGACUAUCUAUCUCAUUGCACUCGAUGCCAAAUCUGAACAUUCUCCAUCUCUAUUAUCACCGCCCAAAAGAAGAAGAAAACAAAAAAAAAGAGCUGGUGGUAAUGGUAGUAGUAAUAAUGGAAACGGUGGUAACGGUGGCAAUGAACAAACAGUCAACAUUAAAAUGUCAAAUGACAUUGAAUACCUCAAAAUUUGUUUUAGACUAGAUUCACUAAAAGUUCAACAAUUACCAGACAAUAUCAAUUUUUCACAGUUUUCCCAACUAAAACACCUUGUUUUAGAAACUCAAAAUCUCAUCACAUCCGAAGUGGAUAUUAUCUUUGGUUAUCCUCCCCGGCAACUCGAAUAUCUUUGCAUCAUUGUCAAUGGCCAGGUUCAAGAUGGGUCGGUAAACUAUCUUUUAGACCGGUUUAAACAAAACAACACAAUCGAUACCCUUUCCCUUUCACUUUCAUUGAUUGGUGGUGGUGGAGAUGAUGUAUUUGAAAAUAUCGAACCAUUCCAAAAUGAUAAUGAAUCUUUGGAGAUUUUAAAAGACAUUAAUUCCAAGUUUACAACUAUUUAUUAUAUUAUUAAUAAAUAUAGCUCAACCUAG